AUAAAAUAAAUGAUCUAAUUUUUCACAUGAUCAACAGACAUUCAUCGCUACAUGUGCUCCUUUAAGAAAAUGUUAUUUUAUGUGCAGCUGCAUUCGAAAAUUUUAUUACAGCAAUUUCUUUUUAUUUUUGCAGAUAAACGUACUAUGAGUAAAUACUAGACCACAAGUAGAUAAUUUUUACGACAGCCACGUAUAAAUAUUUUUUGACGAUAAGUUUAUUACGACGAAUUUCUACCUCUUACGGAAGCGGCUUUUCUAUUUUUUACAACUAACGUUAUUGUGAUUUAAAAUGGUUCGCCCACCAGCCCGCAAAAGAAUAUUAUGAGCGUUUGUAAAAUGAUUUGUGUCUAGGAACACAAUACGAAUCGAAGAAGAAAAAAGAAACACGCGUUUUUUUUUUCUCUUCUUUUUGUUGAUGUAAAACGUUUCGUGCGUCGAGAACAAGUAAAAAAAAAAAAGGUUUGUGUCGAACGAGUGUUGCCAUUUUACCUUUCAAUUCUGUUUCAAUAGGUUCUGUGUAUUGUUUUAAUCCUACCUUCCUGAAUAGGUUUUCUUUUGUUUUGGUUUUUAUUCAUUGGAUAACAUUUUUUUGAAUAUGACGCAGGUGUUUCUAGUUUAUGAGAUUAAAAGGCCAGAGCUCCCUGGUUCGAUUCACCUUCAAGCAAGGAAGUUUGACACAGUGUUUAAACUCUUGGAAGAAAGAAAAAGCAGGGAGUGUUAUGUAAUGUGUUCCUAAGAAAAGAAGAAUAGAAUGGGAAGCUGCAAUGGUCAUUCAAAUAAAAUAGAUAUUGAGGAUGCAAAGAAAGCGACACUUGAAUCUGCUUUAAAAAGUGUGGAAGUAGCUAAAAAUCAACAACUUGAUCUUUUGCAGAAAUUUAAGGAAGUUUACAGCUAUUUUGAGCCAGAAUCUUAUGAUUCUCAAGAUCACUGGUUUCUGGAAGUUCCGGAGGAGGCCUCUGACCUGAAAACGCUGACCGAUCACCUGAAGAGGUUUUCCGUUGCCAUGGAUCAAAUAUUAUUAGAAGAAUCUCCCGAUUAUUACAGGAAAUCCUGUAUUUAUGCCAAGUAUCAAAUCUCUCAGUUAACUGAAUACCUCCAACAGUUGGCAAUCUUAAUGAAUGGUAAUGAAGCGGUGGACGACAUUUACCCGUCUUUACCGGUAGAUCUAAACACUGAGGACAGUCCGUCGGCGAGGCAGACUAGAGACUACCUAGUCAUUAGGGAUUACAGACGAUUGCUAGAUCUCAUACAAAAUGUUCUGACUAACUAUGAAUAACGUUGUAGUAGAAUGGUUUGUUUAUAAGUCUUCUAUGAAAACUUUUGUCCAGUGAACUGAAGACCUGCAACCGUAAGCAGUUUUUAUUCAAGACAACGAGGCUGAGGGCGAUGUCCAUCCAUCUUUACACCAGAAGAUCUAAACACUGAGAACUGUCGAACAGAUCUCGUGGCUAAUGAGGAACUAUAGAAGAUUUUUAAGAUCAGAUUGAAAAAGGUUCUGAUUGAAUUAGUAUUAAAGUGUUUCAUUUACAAGUGUACUUUAAAUUAAAAAAGAUUUUUAUAAGUUGAACAGCCAAGUGUGACUGGCUGGAAAAGUAAUAGGGAGAUACAAAUUGCAAUCGAGGUUCCGGAGUACGAACCCCGGACAUUGUCUAUAUUUUAAAAUUUGGUUGUAGAGUAAAUAAAAAAUUCCUUUGCUUAAAA